GAUGGGUCCAGCCGUACAUCAUAUCCCAACACCAUAUUAAUCCGAAGCUUCUGACGAAAGCCACAAGCCGACCCUCGACGAAAGCGGACAAAAUAUUCAGACAUGGGGUCAAAGCUGUCACCCUGGCAAGCGGUCGAUACGGCCAGUCAUGAACGGCAAGUCUUUGAGCGCACAAUCUUUGGCUUUGAGUCUGUUCUGGCCUCUUUCAACGAGCAUGCCUUUGGCCUUGCUGAGCCUAGCGUAGGCCUUCAAAUUGGGUUGAAUGACGCAUCGAUGCAAGGCCAGGGACUGGAGAGAAAGAUUUCAAAUGCUUGGCUGGAUGUCUUCGCCGAGCUUCCUGAUCUGGCUUGCACAUUGGUCAGACAUGAUGACAAGGAUAGCAUCAGGCUGCAGUUCACGCCUCUUUCCGACAGGGCCAAAAAAGAUUGGCUGGAACAGACGCUGGAGGUGGAAAGGGAAGAUCAAUCAAUCGAAGAUCUUAGAAUCCAGCAGAGCACCGCCUUGCCAUAAGGUCGCGUCAAUGAGCCUGAUUCGUACAUGAUCAAGUUAAUCGUCAGCAUGUCAACCAGUGCCCAUCUUCUUUCGAUUCUGAUCAGAUCAAAUCAUGUCCUCUUCGAUGGAACUGGCCUGCUCUCCGUGCUCGAUCGCUUUCUGGAAAGACUUGCUUUAAAAGGCCAUGGUACGCUCG